AUGAGCAGCAAAUCUGCUGAGGAUUUUAUGGAGCUAAAUAUAAAGGGUGCCCCCUAUGAGUCACUCCAAGAAACUGCAACAAGUGGUGACCUCGAAGCUGUCAAAGCCCUUCUCGACAAUGGAGCAGAUAUCAAUGUGGUAGAUUCCUUAGGCUCAUUGCCCCUCCAUGCCGCAGCAGAGCAAGGCCACUGGGAUAUCGCCCGACUCUUCCUAGAAAAGGGCAUGUCACCAUGGACCCAAGAUGCCAACAACUCACUGCCUGUCCACAACGCCGCAAAAGGCGGCCACCUAAAGACAGCCCGACUACUCCUCGAAUGCGACCGAGCGAAAGGAAGUUAUUCCAACAAGCGGGGCGAGACAGCGCUACAUUUUGCCGCCGAAAGCGGAAAUAUAGAGCUGGUGCAGCUUCUCCUGAGCUUCAAUGUCUUGACGACAUCCUCCGCCCGUGGCAAAACCGCUCUGCACCGCGCAGCAAACAACGGACAUCCAAAAGUCUGCGAACUUCUCAUGCAAUACGACGAUGCCCACAAGCCGAGAUGGAGACUUCGCAUGAUUGGCGUUAAAGCGCAGGUCAAAAUGCAGGAUUUAUGCCAGCAUACGCCGCUGGUCUAUGCUGUGAAAGAGGGGCACGUUGAUCUGAAAGGAGAUGAUGGGAAGAAUGCUCUUCAUCUCGCUGCUGAUACUCGCAAUCUUGAGAUUGCGCGUCUUCUGCUUGAGAAUGGCGCUUCAACUAAGAUUAAGGAUUCCAUUGGGUAUACUCCUUCCGAGUGUAGCAGGGAUAAGGAGGUGACUAUGCUUAUUCGGAAUCGGGCGGAUCAAGCUGCUGCUUUGGACCCUAAAGGCAGGAAAGUCUUGCCCCCUUGGAAGGCGGCAGUGGCUGCACCCCCAGAAUAUGUUGCGUAA